CCACCGCAAGCAUGUGCUGACGCGCCGCGCCACCCCCCUCCGCUCCGCGCGCGGUUAAAUUGCUCGCCUUCCUCCUGCUCCUGCUCCUCCCGCGCUUUGACAGCACAACGUCCGACGGGGUAUGGGUUCCAGCCUCAAGUACCGCGCCGGGCUCGUCCUCAUCGGCGCCGUCGUGCUCAUAUGGGUCACCUCCGCAGAGGUCACGCAGGAGAUAUUCGCGGACUACAAGCAACCAUUCGCGAUCACUUACUUGGGGGCCUCCCUUAUGGUCAUUUACAUUCCCUUGGCGUUUCUAAAGGAUUUUAUAUACAAAUUGCUGAGAAGGCAUUCUGGAAGCAGCAGAGCAUCGAAGGUCGCGACCAAAUCUUCCUUUGGCGGUAGCGCUCCUCUGAAGAGUGGUGAAUUUGAGAAGAUGCUGGAAAUGGAACCGCAGAAGACCGUGGUGAUAGAUUUUACUGAUGUGGACCUCCCUGUGCUAGAAGAGGCAAAACCGCUUAUUUGUGGAAUCGGUGAAUUUGGUGAUGAUGCCUUGAAGGAGCAACAGCUUUCCACCAAGGAGAUUGCAAUUUAUGGAUUAUAUCUAUGCCCCAUUUGGUUUGUCACAGAGUAUUUGUCAAAUGCAGCCCUUGCUAGAACAAGUGUUGCCAGUACUACUGUACUAUCUUCAACUUCGGGACUCUUCACACUUUUCAUUAGUGUGCUCCUUGGCCAAGAUUCCAUUAAUGCUGCCAAAGUUAUUGCUGUUUUUGUUAGCAUGGCUGGUGUAGCAAUGACAACUAUGGGCCAGACUUGGGCAACAGAUGAAUCUGAAGUAAGCAAUGCAGGGGCCACACAGAGGACUCUUCUAGGUGAUAUGUUUGGUCUUCUGUCAGCUGUGUCAUAUGGUCUCUUCACUGUGCUUCUCAAAAAGUUUGCUGGAGGGGAAGGAUCAGAAAAGGUUGAUGUCCAAAAACUGUUCGGUUUUCUCGGACUUUUCACUCUUUGUCUUCUCUGGUGGCUUGUCUGGCCAUUAACUGCACUAGGCAUUGAGCCAAAGUUUACAAUGCCCCACUCAGCUAAAGUGGAUGAAGUUGUUCUGGCAAAUGGCCUUAUUGGGAGUGUGCUAUCAGACUAUUUCUGGGCUCUAUCUGUUGUUUGGACUAAUCCCUUGGUGGCCACCUUAGGCAUGUCACUCACAAUUCCACUAGCGAUGGUUGCUGACAUGGUCAUCCAUGGUCGACAUUAUUCAGCAGUCUACAUUAUUGGUUCUCUACAGGUAUUCUCUGGCUUUGUCAUUGCCAAUCUUGCCGAUCGCUUUUCACGUUUUCUGGGUCUAUAGUCAUGAAACCUACAAGGUUGUACCGGAGUGUACAUCUGUAAGGUUAGAUCGAUUAGCUAUGAAGUGUACAUUCGGAAAUCUGGGUUGGUUAGUCAAAGACAACCAUGGCCUUAUGUUCAGAAGGAUUGGGGAACGAGCACUGCAGCUCUGUUUUUCUUCAACCUAUGGCUCUCUCUACACACAGAAAUGGAGGAUUUUGUUCUGAUGAAAUAGAAUACAGUAAAAGUAGGAGCGAAGGCACAUUAUGCUGUAGCAAACCAUUGCGAUGUAAAUUAUCUAGUAGCUUGCUGCACAAUGCUUUAUCAACGUAUACUGUAUAGCGCUGUUAUUCUCAGCAGCAUCAGUCUUCAAUGCGUUAUUUUUGCAAGAUGAAUUGCAUACUUAUGAUGAA